ACAAAACAUAAAGCGAAAUAAAUGGUAGAGAAAAAGAAAAGAAAGACGACGAAGAAAAAGUAGUGAAUUUUUUUAUUUAGUUGAGUAUUUUCCAUAAGCAUGUCGGCUGACGGUGAAAAAGAUAAAACCAUUGAAAAUAUGGAAACAGAUAAGAAAGAGGAAACAACAACAAAAGUUGCAGAUGCAACUGAUGACAAGAAAUCUAUUGAAAAUGAUAAGAAAUCGAAUGAUGAAGGCGGUGGUGAGGAUAAAACACCCUCUGCUGCUGAUGGUAGUGAGGCUGAAGAUGAAAAAACUAAUAAUGAAACUGGUGCACAAAAUAACGAUGAUGAAGAUGAUAAGAAACCUAAAGAUGAUGAAGAAAAAUCCGAUGAGGUGGCCGAUACUAAGAAAUCAUCAUCAAACGAUAAAGAAGAGGAAUCAACUAAAGGCGAUGAUAAGAAAUCCAAUGAUAUUAAAAAGGAUGAAAAUGCCGAUGAGAAUGAUAGCGCCAAAAAUGGUGAUGUAGACAACAAAACUGAAACGAAGGAAGAUGAAGAUGACAAAGAAUCUAAAGAAGAUGAAGAAGAAGACGAAGAAGAUGCAAAGAAAGAGAAUACAGAAGUUGCAGAAGAUGAUGAAAAUGUUGUAGCUCUAGCUGAAAUUGAUAAAAUCAAUGAAAAUAUUAAUAAAACUAGAGUGGAUGGUUUGCAAACAUUGCAUGCGAUAUGUUUUGGUUCUCAAGGCAAAAACAAUGUUGUCAAGAAGAAUUUACGUUCUUUUGCGGGUUUUGAAUUCGAAAAGGAUUCUUCGGAAUAUAAAAAGAAAUUUGAAUCUAUUAAAAAGAUUGAUAUAAAACAAUUAAAAAGUAUUUGCGAUAUUCUUGCGCUAGAACGUAAAGGUUCUAAAGAAGAGGCAGCAAAUCGUAUUCUUAAAUUUCUUAUGGAACCGGAUGAGUCGCUGUGUGUAGAAGCCUCGCCAGAUGAUGAAGAAAUGGAAGAGGAUGAAGAAGCCGGUGAGGAGGAGGAAGAAGAGGAAGAUGAACCCAGUGAAGAUGAAAAACGUAAAAGCAAGUCGUCUGGUGGUAGAUCGGGUGGCAGAUCGACUUCUGGUCGUCCUAGGCGUGCUACCGCUGGCAAAAAAAUGUCCGCUUAUGUUGAUUUCUCUAGUUCAGAUGAAGAUGCACGUAAAGUAACACCAGCUAAACGGAGACGAAAUGAUGACUCCGAAUCGGGUUCGGAUUAUAAUCCUUCUGCAAACUCUGAUUCUGAUGGCGGCAAGGGACGUAAAGCAGCUGCUGCAGCUAGAGGAGCUCGUGGUCGACCGGCUCGUAAAUCACGUAGAAGAAAUUCGGAUUCUGAAGAAGAAUCUGAACUAUCUGAAGCUGAUAGUGAUGCGGCUCCUAAACGCAAGCGUCCCUCAACUGGUGCUGGUAAACGUGGUCGUCCUGCUGUUUCGCCUCGUGGUAAAGGUCGUGCUGCCGCUAGUAAACCUUCUCGCAAUAAACGCAAGGGUAAAGACUCUGAAAGUGAGGAAGAUGUCUCCGAAGAUGAGGAGGAAGAGGAAGAAAUGUCUGAUUUGGGAAGUGAAAAAACUGAGGAGGAAGAAAAAUCGAAAAAGAACAAGAAACCUGUUGUAACACCUGCGAAAAAUAAUAAACCCAAUAAUAAAACUCCUUCAAAACCAGCUGGACGUCCUAAAAAAUCUAAAAAGGAAUCAUCAGAAGAUGAAAAAGAUGAAAGCGAUGAGGAUGAACCAUUAAACAAAAAGGGCAAAGCUUCAUUCCCCACGGAUGAACAAAUUCGUGCUUAUGUUAAAGAAAUUUUAGAUAAGGCCAAUCUGGAGGAGAUAACCAUGAAAACUGUAUGCAAACAAGUGUAUGCUAAAUAUCCAGAUUUUGAUUUAACAGAUAAAAAGGACUUUAUUAAAGCUACAGUUAAAGCGCUAAUUGCCGCUUAAAAGAACGUUAAGAAAAAACCUUGCAUCUCUUUUUUAAUUUCAUAUUAAUGAAUCCUGUUUUGUUUUAACUAUAAUAUAUUUUUUUUUGGAAAGAACCAAUCAACCACAAACAUUUUGUAUAAGUUUUUCUUUAAUUUUCUCUUUAUUCUUUUUUUUUAGUUUUAAAACUUACCAACUACUACUGUGUAUGUGUGCAAAUCUUACAACAAAAUGUUGUCUAUUUUUUUGAAAAUGAUACAUUACAAUAUAUAUUAUACAUAAAUAUAAAUAUUAAAAACAAAAACAAAAAAAAAUAUCUGUAAACCACUUUUACAAUUUAGGUUAGUUAAACCGUAAUCAUAUGACUUUUAUCUUUAAACAAACAACAAACAUAAUAACAACAAAA